AUGGAGGAGCUCCAGCAGAACCCCGGGCAGCGGCCCCGCAAAGUGCGCUUCCGAAUCUCGUCGGCGUGCAGCGGCCGCGUGCUGAAGCAGGUCUACGAGGACGGGCAGGCGUUGGAGCCGCCGGCCGUGGAGCAAUCCCGGCGGCUGCGGCACAGCUUUGAGCCCGGGGUGCCGCCCGACGGCCCCGCGCCGGGACCCCCGCAGAGCAGCGGCUGCGGGGGGGAUGGGAGCGGCCCCGGCUGCCUCCCCGCCGGCAGCGGGCUCUAUGGGGCUUCCCCAGUUAUCGACUUUGGUCAGAUCAUCAUCUACACCAACAACCUGAAAAUCAUCCGUGCGCCAAUGGACCAGAGAGAGCUCAUGAGAAGGAUCAUCCAGACAGAGGGGGUGAGCGACUGGGCCUUUGUGUACAGGGAGAGGAGAGAAAGAAUUGGUGCUGGGCAUAAAAAGGAUGUGGAAAAGAAGGCUGUCUGCAGCCAGUACGUGCAGGAAAGAGGUGCUGAGCGCACCUGCUCCCAGUGUAAAGGAUCAGGCUGUGCUCCUUGCUCGCUGUGCCAUGGCAGCAAGUUUUCAAUGCUGGCAAACAGAUUCAAGGAGUCCUACAGGGCUCUGCGCUGCCCAGCCUGCAACGAGAGUGGUGUGCAGCCCUGCCAGGUCUGCGCUGCGUGA